AUGGUACCUAGCGGCGUGGAUGUCGCGCCCAAGGCGGAGAGGGGGCCCAUGCCGACAGAGUCAGCGUCGUCAGAAGGACUUCUGGGCUCGGUCAUGCAAGGCAACCCGUACUUUUCAGCGGGCUUCGGCCUCAUGCUGAUGGGUGGCGCACUGGCGUAUUCACGCUCGGCGCUGCGAUGGGGAGCUUCCACAGCGCAACGACGACUGCUUGUCUCGCUGGAAAUUCCGUCGAAGGAUCGCGCACAUCCAUGGUUUCUGCACUGGAUGGGCGCCCAAGCCGCUGCGCAGGCGCUGCGUCGUAAAGCCAAUCAUGGCAAACUCCCGCGUGAAUCGUUCCUGGAGUUUAUGGGCCUCACGCGGCCUCGUACGCAUGCGGCCGCAAGCACAGAUGCGAGUGUAGAUGAUCCUUUGCGUGCAGCGUCAGGGGAAGUGAUGCCGCCUGUGCGUAUCAUUUCGCGCGAGCUCUCUGUGGAUACCCAGUAUGAGACCAGCGCAACAGGGGAGAACAACAGAGAACGUGGCGCAGCGACAUUUUCGCUCGUCCCUGGUCCAGGCACGCACUGGUUCCGCUACCGGGGCGUGUGGAUGCGGCUACAGCGUGAGCGCAAUGGCAAGUUGGUCGACUUAUCGACCGGCGCGCCAUGGGAAACAGUGACACUGACGACUCUCGCGGCGUACGAACACUUGUUUCCGCAACUGCUGACCGAAGCUCGACAGCUGGCUCUUUCUUCGACCCAAGGCAAGACUAUCAUCUUUACUAGCUGGGGCGCAGAAUGGCGUCCUUUUGGGCACCCACGCCGCGUUCGUGAUUUGCAAAGUGUCGUGCUUCCCCCUGGCAAGCGCGAUGAGAUUGUACAUGAUGUGCAGCGCUUCUUAUCGCGUGGUCCAUGGUACGCCAAGCGUGGUAUUCCCUAUCGACGCGGCUACCUUCUGCAUGGCGCGCCAGGCUCAGGCAAGACGUCGUUCAUUACCGCCUUGGCUGGCAGCCUGGACUUUAAUAUCUGCCUACUCAACUUGGCGGAGCGUGGAAUGACAGAUGACAAGCUGAAUCACCUCAUGUCGAAUGCGCCGGAACGAAGCAUUUUGCUUCUGGAAGAUGUGGAUGCAGCGUUCCUGGGCCGACAGACGCAUGCGCCGGAACGUCAAGCGGAUGGUUAUCAACCCAACGUUACAUUUUCCGGUCUGCUGAAUGCCUUGGACGGUGUAGCGUCCGGCGAGGAACGCAUUAUUUUCAUGACGACCAAUCAUUUGGAACGUCUGGACCCGGCUCUGAUCCGCCCUGGCCGUGUGGAUAUGAUCUGUGAGCUGGGCGAUGCCGAGUCGCAGCAGGUGAAGGAACUGCUUGUUCGCUUCUACCAAUCUGACUUGCUUGAGCAGCGCGUCGACGAGGCCCGUCGGACGCAUGGCGUAGACCUGGCUGCGUUUACGCAAGCCCCACAACCGCCACCAGACGUCGACGCUCCCUACUACCAAGCUGCCCUGCACGAGACGCGGGCUCAGCUGGACACGUUGGCGGACCGUCUCGCGACAUUGGUGAGCCAAGCGACACAGCAACGACGUGUGGCGCUGGGCCUGAAUGAGCAGGGGCCCCGUCUCACGGUGUGCCGCUCGCGGUGGUGUGAGCAUGGCCGAGCUGCAGGGCUUGUUCAUUCGGUUCCCUGA